AUGCAGUUCGCUACUACUCUCGUUUCGAUCUUGGCCACUGCCGUCAUCGCCAUUCCCACCGGCAACACUGGCGGUGGCUCUGCUCCCUACGAUGCUUGCUCUGGUCUCUACGACAGUCUUCAGUGCUGUGCCACCGAUGUUCUGGGAGUUGCUAAUCUUAACUGCGCUCCUCCUCUGCCAACAGCCGCGACCGUGCCGACUUCGGCCAGCGACUUCAAAAACAUCUGUCACAAGGCUGGUCAACAAGCCCGCUGCUGUGUUCUUCCCGUUCUCAACCAGGGUGUCCUUUGCCAGACUCCCGUUGGUGUUUAG